GAAGCCUCAAUCAGUUUGGCAGCUCUCAGCCUCAGAGGUAUUCGGCGUCCCAGGUGGGAGUUUGCGUUGUGAUGCUACCAUAUAGAAAAAACGAAUAGCAUGGAUAAAAAAGUAAAGAGUACAAAAAAAAUGUCAGGGUUUGACAACCUCAACACAGAUUUUUACCAAUCCAGCUACAGUGUAGAUGACCAAAACCAAGGUGGCUAUGGCUACAGCACUAAUGAAAACUACAACAAAGCAUACGGUCAAUAUGAUUACUCCCAGCCGAUGGCAUAUCCUUCCCCGAUGCAGCCCGCACAGCCAUACACGGGACAAAUCUUUCAGCCCACACAAACGUAUACCCCAUCUGCCUCACAGUCCAUGUACAGUAACAGCUUUGACGAUGAGCCUCCACUGCUAGAAGAGUUAGGAAUCAAUUUUGACCACAUCUGGCAGAAGACCCUCACAGUGCUCCAUCCAUUGAAAGCAGCAGAUGGCAGCAUAAUGAAUGAGACCGACCUGACUGGCCCGAUGGUCUUCUGCUUGGCUUUUGGGGCAACUCUUCUUUUGUCGGGUAAGAUCCAGUUUGGUUAUGUGUACGGCAUCAGUGCCAUCGGGUGCCUCGCCAUGUACUGCCUGCUUAACCUGAUGAGUAUGACGGGCGUGUCCUUCGGCUGUGUGGCCAGCGUGUUGGGCUACUGCCUCCUUCCCAUGAUCCUUCUCUCCAGCUUUGGUGUUCUCUUCUCAUUACAGGGCAUGAUUGGAAUUGUAAUAACAGCCACUAUUAUAGGCUGGUGCAGCUUCUCGGCUUCAAAGAUCUUCAUCUCUGCGUUGGCCAUGGAUGGACAGCAGUUGUUGGUUGCUUACCCCUGUGCUCUGUUGUAUGGAGUUUUUGCGCUCAUCUCUGUCUUCUAGAAAAUAAAAACAACUCAUCAAGCAACCGUUAAAAAUAACUGCACCACAGUUGCUGUAGCUCCAGUCUAAUGAGGAUCAGUGUAAUUAGGGUAAUUAUUGCCUAAUUACACAGUUGCAGCAGAAAAAUGGGAACUCCAGUCUAAAAUGGAACCGGGGACUUUUAUUUUUUAUUUUUUUAGCUACCACUUAUUACCACAUUCCAACGUGAUCCCUUGAAGGCUGGAGUGGAUCCUGUCAAUCACCUCCUUCAGCUUUUCCCUCCAUCAUACACAUGAAUGCGGAGGACUUCGAAAUAUUCCCAGAACUGCUGUGUUUUGAAGUGACAUGAUUAAAUUGUCAUGACAUGAAGAACAAAGCAUGUGGAAUCAGGGAUAGCCGUGAAAGGUUUCACACAGUUAAACCCCAAAAGACCAAUUUUUACACAGAUGGGAAAUAUUUGUUUUCAACAAGAAACAUGCGAAAACUACCACUGAUUUUUUUUUUUUUUUUUUUUUUUAUUAUUUGAAUGGUUUUCUUCUGAAGUCAUUUGUCUUGUAAACAGAUUCUGCUGAAUUAAAACGAAGGGAAACAAAUUCUGCAUAAGACUCCAAUCCACUCAAACUGCUUUUCUUUCUAUGACGGUAAAGAACAAAAUGUUUUUUUGAUUUAGUGGAAUUCCUUUUACCCUUAAGUGAAUAGUCACAACCUCCAUGCUCCAACAGCACAACCCUCUUCAUUAGAAAGUUAUAAUCCGCUUUAUUUCCAUGUAUUUUAUUUGACUCAGAUUCGAGUUUUGAUGCCUUUCAGGAAAACGACCAGAGUGUUGCACAAUUGAUUUGUCAGAACCAACCAAACUUGAUGAAACAUUGAGAAUUAUAAUAGUACUUUAAUACUAUGUGUCUGUACAUCAGUACUUAUAGUUUUGGUAUUGUUUAAAUUACUCGCAUUUCUUAAGGAUUACUUUUAGCGAUGACUCACUUUAUGUGCUUUGAUGUGUCAUCUGUUGACUCAUGCAUUAAAGAGUUUUGUUUUUUUUGGAA